UGAGGUCUGAGUAUUUCCAUAUUCCUGCCCGAGUAUUUAUGUCAGUCUGAUUAAGGGUAAAAUAAUUUCCCGAACCAUAAAAUCGGUAAGAUAAUUCAACCUUGUCAUGUAUUCAUUCACCCACCCAGGGACUACCACCAAACAGCGUGAGUGGAACCAACAUCUUGCAACGUAUGGGUCAGUACCAGUGGGUACCCGGAGUAACCGCGUGCCAUCGGACACCGCUUCCAAUCAUAUUUCAUAAUUCGAUACACAUUUCAGUUUGAUUGUUUCUCGGCAUCAUGUCCGGAUUCCGCGCCAUACGACGACUGUUGCGUGGGAUGGUACGGAGGUUUCAUGGCGCGGCCGUCGGGGCCGCUAAAAGUUCCCAGUGAUCCCCCUAUUAGACAGCCAAGAAGGCAACUUGGGUGUCUGGAGUUGGGAUCCAAGUUUUUGGGAACUUUAUGAAGCCACAGUCAUUCGGGAAACUAGUCGGCGAGUGAGGCGGCACGCACGCGAGGCCGGCACCAUCCGAGGAACAUGUCGGCCAAAUUGGGAGCAACGCGGGUUGGUCAAGUUAUCGUUUUGAUAUUUUUGGUCGGUGUCAUCUUCACAGAUUGGGAGCUCUGCCAAGCUGCUCCAACACAGGAAAAAGCUGUUGUUUCAGUCACCGGUUUGCAUCAAGAGUUGACACCUUGGUCCGACUUACCUUCCUCACAAGAUGGUCAAGCUUCAGCUCCAAGAAAAUUUCAAGAGGAUGACACAACGCUAGAGUCUUCUAAGAAUCUUCCUCGGGAUGACAGGACAAACCACGUCUCGACGCGGCAGGCCAGGGGAAAGCCGCGCUGUGGCGUGCCGGACCCCAUCAGAUUAGAAGAUGAUGAUCACUCGGUGAACAGGAGACAAAGGAGGUACUCUGUCGACUGGACGAGGUGGAAAAAGAAACAUCUGACUUACAGAAUCCUGAACUAUCCCUACUACUAUCGGAUGACAGAAGACCAGGUGGAUGAUUCGAUCGACCGAGCCUUCAAACAGUGGGAUGACGCCACGCCCCUCACCUUCCGUCGCAUCACCUACGGCUAUGCUGAUAUCCAUAUCAAGUUCGCUACAUGGCAUCACGAUCAUUGUCCCUACGAGUUUGAUGGUGUUAAUGGCACCAUCGCGCACGCCUUCGUACCUAACGGGCUUCACGGCGAUUUGGACGGCGAUGUGCAUUUCGAUGACUCGGAAGUUUACACUUAUUACGGAGAUGAAGGUUAUAACUUGUUCCAGGUUGCUUUGCAUGAGCUUGGGCACAGCCUGGGUCUCCAGCAUUCGUGGACAGAGGGCGCUAUCAUGGCGCCUGAGUACAGUGGUUACAUGCCUGACCUCAAAUUACAGGAAGACGACAUACGAGCAGCACAGCUUCUCUAUGGCACUUUGGAACCCAGUAAUUAUGGCGACCCGGAUUCUCAUUGCAACAAAGGCUACGACGCUGCAACUAUGAUUGAUGGAGUGCUCUAUGUGUUCAAGGACCGUCGAUUCUGGCGCAUCAGUCGACCCGGGAAGCUGAUAGCGCCCUCUGCCGGCCUUCCCAUACGCAAACGGUUCUUCAAGCUUCCCCGGAUGAUAGACGCGGUGUAUCAGAGACCACAGGACGGCCAUGUUGUCUUUUUUAAAGGGCCGCAUUAUUGGUUAUACAAAGGCAGGCGCCCUCUACCGGGCUAUCCACGGCCAAUCAGCGAGCUUGGCCUGCCUGAUGACAUUGACGCAGUGGUGAUGCUACACAGAUACAACACCACGUAUUUCUUCAAGGAUCAUCAGGUAUGGCGAUUCGAUGAAGAAUACCAAUCGGUAGAAUACGGGUAUCCUUACCACGUGCUGGAUGUGUGGGAGGGCAUCCCUCCGUUUAUUGAUGCUUCUUUUGACUACACAGAUGGGUACACCUAUUUCAUCCAAGGCAAAACGUAUUACAGAUACAACAAUGAUUAUCGUAAUGCGGACCCAGGUUUUCCUCGGUAUUUCGGGACUGACUUCAUGGGAUGUUAAGCCCUCCUGAUGGGUGUAUAAACGCCGUCACACCGAAUCCUCAACUAUUACAUUGAUGUUAAGUACAAAUUAUUCACAGUAUGGUACAAUUGCAGAGGUAUUUAAGAGAGAAAUAAAUAUAAACAUAAUGAUUGUACGAGUUUUUUUUACAAUCUUCAAUUUCUGAAAUGUUACAAUCUAGUUCUAAGUGAUAUCAGUUGUCAUAAGCUAAUAUAUGGGUAUGAACCAUUAAUAGUUACAGCCAUAAUGGGUGUGAGCCGUUAAUAUCAAGAUGUUGAACAAACAUAACCAUAUCUUUUGACAGCACUAAGUAGCUCAGGUUCGAACAGGAAAGAUAAACAAAACAGUAAUGUUUACAGUCAUUCUUGGGUUUUGACAAGGACAAUUUUAUGAACAAGUAAUUUCAAGUACUUAUCAAUGUAUAAUUUGUUAAGAAUCGUUGUUAAGAAAAUUACACCUGUCUUUUUUACUAUUGUUUUUUAAAAUCUGUGAUGACAUUGAUAUACAACUAAGAUAGAUGUCUAAAAUGUUUAUAUACUAAUGAUAUACCCGUUUGUAGAAUGCAAUAGCUUCGGCACGGGGUGCGGGUGAAAGUCAGGACAAGUGUGAGCCCACGGCUCAUAUUUUAAGGUCAUUUGGUAUAAGAAACAAGAAUAGGGACACGACCUAAAAAAAAGGAUUAACGAUAUGUUAAGCGUUGGACAGUUUCCAAUUCUACACUUAAUGUUCAGCUUUAACUGGGCAGAAUCGGUUUAAAGACAAUUUAACGCCAUGUUGAGUACUUCUGAAUAUCUGCCAACAAACUUGCCAGAUAAGGGGGUCGUUAUAAUUGCCUCGUAACACUUGCAUUCUAAUAUAUAAAAAUACAGAACCUUUGGAAAUGAAUACCUUUCAUGUGUCAUAGAAUAUAUUUUGGAACUGUGAUGAUGAACUUUCCAGAUGAGGAUUAUUAAAAGGGAAUUCAGUAUUGGUAACCAAAUCCUGUAAAAAGACUUUAAAUGAUUUCAGCAGGUAUCAACGUGAUGAAAUAACAGAGCUUAUGAAACAAUCUUCUUUGAUUAUUGUAAUGAAAGAGUUGGUAUCGAGGACAUCGAUAUACUGCUCCCGAAAGAGAGCUUCCAAGUCUUAUAUUAACUACUUUUUAAUUGAGCUAGUCACGACAACUCUCAAUUCAAUUCAAUUUCAAUUCAAUUCAAGACAUAUUUAUUUCAUACUCGUUUAGAGAAAUACAUCAAUAAAUAAAAGAUAGCACUCUCGUGCUACGUUACCCAUCAACAUCUGUUCGCUCAAAAUAUGAUCUCAGUGCAUGACUGAUAUGGUAACAACACUUGUGUGAAACCAGAUCUAUUUAAAAAUUCUGGAUGGUCUAUAAAAUGGAGAGAAGCAGCAAGGUUAACACUCAUAAUCUUCCAGGCACAAGCGCUAAUUUCAUCUGUGAUUGUUGUCACCCUAAGCAAAAAUUUUCAACAUGAAGAAACUGUUAGCUGUGGUAGUACUUUGUCAAUUUGUGGUAGCUAUAUACCCCUACUGCUUCCAGGAUGUCCAGGCUGAUUGCGAGCCAAAUUUCAGUGGGGUAAUAGACUGUCAUGACUGUGAUUGCAGCUCGGAUGGAACACGACUGGACUGCUGCUUCAACGUUGCAAUACCGGGUAAAAUGACAGAGGGAUGCGUGGCCGAAUUCGACGAAGACCUGUGCGAGUAUCACGUCUAUAACCCAAACUCCCCCGAUACAGAGUGCCAUGUCUACUCAGCGACUGGACGCUAAGGAGCCAUGCUGAAGAUCUAAAAGUGUCAAUACGCUGAAUACAGUCCCUUAUCAAACUUUAAAAGAGUACUUUUUGUUUUACGUAGAUGUAUGGUUAUGAUUAUCUUUAAGUUGGCUAUUGAUAUACACACUAAUACCGAUGAUGAUUUGACUCAUUGUUAGUCCGCAUGUCACAUCAAAUUAUGGUAAUGGAGCCUCUAACUCUUGGUAUUUUUCAUGUCUUUUCCGUCUUCGAAUAAAUAUAUGCGUGUCAAGUUGGAGAAAAGUGGUACUUUAGCCGCCCUAUGGGAUUCAAAUCCCAAUUAGGCCGACUUUUGAUUAUUUUGAUCUUGCUUAAUUCUGAACAACAACUGCACACUGUUUUAAUUGUCUUAUAUCAUUGAUAUUUUUUCAGGCUUGACCGUGCUUCAGCACAUGGGAGGAAAAACAAUUAACAAAUAAAUAUCGAUUUGCAUGGAUAAAUAAA